AUGCCGUUUUGGCCUAUCAAUGGCGGUCUGGAUAGGCAUUCAGAAGACGAUAUCAAUUCGACCUUGAAUGAAUACUUGACAUUGUUAGAUCGACUGAAACGCAACAACAGUACUAUUGAAGGGUACAUCAAGGAUGAAGUAAUGAAAUAUAGCAAGGAUCUUACUGGAACUGGUCUGGGUGGCAGUAAUAAUGGAGACGGUGAGCUUGCUUUUACCCCCGAGUUCGAAUCGAAUGUUUUUAGAAAUUUGGAUAUGGAUAAGUCCACGUUGUUAUUUUGUGAUUCAUCAAGGAAAGAUAGUCUUGAAAAGAGCCCUGAUGUGGUGAUGAUACCAGAAGGUGGAAGUAUACCAAUGAGUAAGCUGGAUGAUAACGAAAUAAAUCAAAAUUUAGAGGAGGAUGAUCUGGAUAGACUUAAUUCAUCAUUCAUCGAGAACCUUCUUAAUGAAAGAGAAAAUUUGGUGACAGAGUUAGUUCAAAAUGAAAAUUCAAACUUAUUGGAUUUUAUGUGUCUGGGAUUUUUCAUAAAGCCAUUAAAUGACAAAGCAAAUAAGAUGCAUUAUGAAAAAGUACUAAAUUUGGAAUAUCUGAUUGAUAAAUUAUUGGAAGAAAUAGACGAAAUCGAAAAUUAUCCUGCAUACAGUGAUUGUUCUGAAGAGCAGAAGAAAUCACUUUCACAUGUAAAUACAAUCGCAUCAAUUCUAUCUCUAAAUAGCACAUUAUUGGUGGACGCAAUCUUUACCAAUAAUGGGAAACAUAAGACUUUACAAAAGCUUUGGUCAAUUAUCAAAAGCAAGCAUUUAAAAAAUGAAGAAUCCUCAGGCUCAAAUAUAUUCUUAAAAAUACAUAAUAAUUUAUUAUCCAUUAACAAAGACGAUUACAUCAAGUUUCUAAUGAAUAAUACACAACUAGUUGAUGAUUUCCUAUCUUUCAUAGACUCCUCAGUUUUAAUGGACUUUUUACUCCAAUGCAUAGCAACAGAUUCCAAAGAUAAUUCAAAUGGCUUUUUGUCUCUCUUGGAAUCUCAAAAUCUGAUGACAAAAUUACUUGACAUAGUAGAAGAUCCAACUUAUCCCGCAUGUUGCAAGUCAUCUGCAAGUGAUGUCUUAAAGGCAAUUAUAGCAAUAUCGGCAAAUUCUCAAGUUCAUGAAAUGACGAUUGGUCCUAAUAUAUUAACAAGAAAAUUAGCCUCACCUUCCAUGGUCAAUCGAGUUUUAGCCAUUAUCGUAGAAAAAAAAGGAUAUUCUCUUAAUAUUAUCAUUGGAGUUAUUAUUGAGCUAAUAAGAAAAAAUAACCAUGAUUUCGACCAUAUUAAUAUUUUGAAUGAAACCUUGAAUUCAUCACCACCUAGUGAUAGGGAUCCAAUAUAUUUAGGUUACCUUCUGACUAUAUUUGCAGAGAACUUGCAAACAAUAUACCAAAUAUUGAUUGAUGUUGAAAAUGAUGAUACUAUCCCACUUUUAGAAAACCAAAUAGGUCAGAAAUUUAAACCACUAGGGUUUGAAAGGUUAAAAAUUGUUGAAUUAAUUGCAGAACUGCUUCAUUGUUCAAACAUGGGUAUUUUAAACUCAAAAAAUUCUAUGCAAAUUGCAAUUGAGAGAGAUCAAUACCGCUUGAAUAAAGAUGGAAAAAAAAUUAAUGAUAAGGUGAGUAUUGAAGUUGAAGAAGAAUCUUAUGACACGCCGUAUAUUAGCGAAGAAAGCAAUGCAAAAUUGAGAACCGACCCUUCUCCAGGUGAUUUAUUCAAAAUUAGAUUAUAUGAUUUGGGGAUCCUAUCUAAAUUACUGAACCUUUUUUUAGAAUAUCAAUUUAAUAGCUUCUGGGAUAACGUUGUUUAUGAUAUUAUCCAACAGAUAUGCAACGGAAGGAUGGACAUUACAUAUAAUGCCUUUUUAGUGUAUGAUCUAUUUGAUUCUAAAUUGGCAAUGAAAUAUAGAGACACCAAUGUUUCUGAACUUAUGGAGAAGGGAUUCAAACAAGUAGAUGAUUUUGACAUAAUUAACAAUUUUAUUUUAAAAGGUUAUAAAAAUUCCUAUGAUUUCUAUGAGAAGAUGAAUACUAACUUGGGUUAUAUGGGACAUUUAGUUUUGAUUGCGGAAGAAAUAGUCAAAUUUUCUAAUACAUUUGAUGUUAAAUUAAUCUCGCCAGACAUAUAUGAGAAACUACAAGAUCACGAUUGGUUGCAUUAUUCAAAUGAAGUUUUAGCGGAAACCAGAGUAAUGUAUUCAAAAAUUUUAAGUGGCGGAACGUUUGUAGAGGAUGAAUCCGGAAAUAUUACUCCACAGAUACCUGAUGAUAAUAACCCUUCGGAAUCGAAUAAUGACACAGACAUGCUGGAAAAUGAUAAUGAACCUUUAGAUCAUAUUGCUUCCCCUGACAACAAAGUUAUUAACCUAGCAAGAGACAGAACGAUGAAGAAAAGAGUUUGUAAUAUUAAUGAUUUAGAGGAUAAACUUGAUUAUUCUACAGAAUCUGACCUUCAUGAAAAGUUAAGAGAAAUUCUAAUCGAAAGGUCACAAAGGGAAGUUGAUGAAAGAAACAAAGCAAAUGGAGUUAUUGUAUUAGGACCAACCGGAUAA